CGCGUUGCGCCCAACUCCGAGCGUCUGCAUCCCAUUGUUUGUUUUUAUUAAUUCAUCCUCGAGUGAUUAACCGGAGCAUUGUUCCACUCGGUUGGCCGCGUUGCACAUGCAGUAGUCCACGUGACGGCCGAGUCCCGUGUACAAAACCCGUGAAAGACUUGAAUGAAAUUAAUUUAAAGUGAACACCGCCGAGUGAUGACGAAAGACACGUUAGAUGAAAUUAGACUCUAGGACGAGAGAGUGGAAAAAAAAAUUAAGGACAGUAACAAUAGCCUCGGCGGCGGGCGCCUCAAACAGUGAUGCGACUGAUCAACGAUGCGACACAUAUGGGCCUGGACCUGCCUGAAAUAUCGUGGUGCAACUGGACAUUAGAAUCUGGGGGCACCGUACACUCGUGAUACGCCACUGGACGAGGUUUGCGGGGCCCCGGGGACUUAUCGCGAUGUACGCAGUCCCAACGAGUCAAUGGGCCCUCGCGAUCCUCUGUAUCAUACUGGUAGACGCGUGGCCACUUCACCCCCUUCCGCCGCACGAAGGGAUUGUGAAACGGACGUACAUUGGGCAUUAUGGGCCCGCUUGGUACGACCCUAGCGCGCUCAGGGAGCACAGGGGGAGGGUCCGGAGAGGCGCCGACGGGGAGAGGGAACAGGCCCUUGUGCUCAGCCUUCAUGCGCUCGAUAGAAAAUUUACCAUGCACCUCACACGAGACACCAGGAUCUUCGCCAAAGACGCUGUGUUCGAGGGCACCGAAGGGCCAAUUCCCUUCGAUACUCUGCACUCCUACGUCGGCACGAUCGAAGAGGAUGAGAACGCCGUGGUGGAGGGAAUCGUUACCUCCGACGGUCUGUUCGACGGCUCGGUAUCAACCCAACUCGAGGAGUACUAUUUCGAGCCGACGAGUAGGUACCUGGCGAGAAGUUCAGGCAAUCGAGUGGAACAAGACGAAGAGAUCGAUACAUCACCAGCUUACCACACGAUAGCGUAUCGAGCCUCGGACGUCGUCAAUCCAAAGUCCUCGAAGCGUUGUGCGAGCCAAAACUUGUACCUCGGGAAUAUGAGCUUUGGUCAUUCGAGGGAAGAUCAACAUCAAGCACGUGGGGAUGACGAUGGGGGAUCGUUCGAGCCGUAUUUCGAGCAGCUACAGGACCACAGAAUCAGGAAUUAUGGGGGCUAUUACUCGAGGGAAGGGAAAAAGAGCAGUUACGCAGCGCUGACAAUCGACAGAAACCGAAUAACCAGACACCUCCACAAACGAGCCACAGUCGAUCCCCGAAAGACCACCUGCAUGCUCUACCUCCAAGCGGAUCAUCAAUUUUUCUCGCGCUACGCCACCGAGGAGGCCUGCAUAGAAGUCAUGACGCGACACGUCCAGCGAGUCAACUCAAUCUACAAACACACUGACUUCAAUCAAGACGGCAGACCCGAUAACAUAAGUUUCAUGAUAAAACGCGUCAAGGUGCACAACGGCGAGGCACUCAAGGACCCCAACUAUCGGUUCCCUGGGAAUUACGGGGUUGAAAAGUUCCUGGAACUUUUCUCAGAGGAGGACUACGAUGCCUUCUGUUUGGCGUACAUGUUCACUUAUCGGGACUUUGAGAUGGGGACACUGGGACUCGCGUGGACUGGCGAUUUGAAGAAUGCUGGGGGCGUUUGUGAGAAGAAUGGGCAUUACCGUGGGAGUAUGAAAUCCCUGAACACAGGUAUCGUAACGCUCCUGAACUAUGGAAAGCACGUGCCACCUGCUGUUUCCCAUGUGACACUGGCACACGAGAUUGGCCAUAAUUUUGGAUCACCACACGACCCCGAGCAGUGUACACCGGGCGGUGAGGACGGUAACUUUAUAAUGUUUGCACGUGCCACGAGUGGAGAUAAACGCAACAAUAAUCGCUUCAGUCCGUGCAGUUUGAAUGCUAUAAAUCCGGUAUUGAACACUAAAGCCAGAUCACCGAAGGGCUGUUUUACGGAGCCACAGGCAUCGCUGUGUGGCAAUGGAGUUGUGGAGGACGGGGAGGAAUGCGACUGCGGAUGGGAGGAGGACUGCAGGGAUACCUGUUGUUUUCCGCAGAGGAGGUAUCCACCAGCUGAGGGAAGGCCCUGCACACUGACCCCCAGGGCCACUUGCAGUCCUAGCCAGGGGCCAUGCUGCACCAAUGAGUGCAAACUCAGGUUUGGGGACAAGUGCAGGGAGGACAAUGGCUGCAGGGACGCGAGCUUCUGCGAUGGCAGGACUCCACACUGUCCUCCUUCCAUCAAUAAACCUAACAAGACUAUUUGUAAUGAGGAGUUUGUGUGCUUCAUGGGGGAAUGCACCGGAAGUAUUUGCUUGGCCUUCGGUCUAGAAUCUUGUCAGUGCAUACCAGGCCCCAACGAUCCACCCACAAAAGCAUGCGAGCUGUGCUGUCGUCUGCCUGGCGAAAAUCAACCAUGCCUCUCGUCGUUCGACUGGAAUUCACCUCCCUACGAUAUCCCAGAUAAAUUCGCCAAACCUGGUACACCCUGCAAUGAUUACAACGGAUACUGCGACGUAUUCCAGAAAUGCAGGGAAGUUGAUCCCAGCGGGCCACUGGCAACUCUACGUAAAUUGUUACUCUCGGAUGAGAGUCUUGCCACGUUCAGACGAUGGGUCGCUGAGCACUGGUAUGCUGUUGCUCUACUUAUUCUGGGGACCAUAUCACUUCUCGUGGUGAGCAUCCGUUACCUGGGAAAACGUCCGGACCUCAAGCUCAAGUCAGUGACGAUAAUUCACAGCUCGACAACGGAAACAGUGAGACUGCCGCCUGAGGGUACUGAGGGUGUAACAGUUCACCCACCAGCGGUACGAGCUAAACUUCCAUUAAGUAGAAAAGUACGUGAGAAGCGUCAUCACGCCAAGCAUCACGCUGCGAGAAACGAUAAGACGGUUAAGAGUGCUCACGCCAGUAGUAAUAAGAAGCUGAGUAAAAAGAUUAUGAUACAAAAGAAGAAGAAGAAGAAGAAGAAAAAACGAGUGGCGCCGAUAUUUAUCGAGGAGGCGGGUCGCAAGGUGUUGGUGGAGCAGUCACCACUUCACAAUGGAACACAACAAGCACCUAACGAAGUUAAUGUGCCACAGUUGACAGAAACUGCUGAUGAGGGAGGGGCCAAGAGCGCCUCCAAGCAGUGGAGAAACAUGAAAAAACGAAAGAGCAAGGAGGUCAUUGAUUAUUCCCAGGCUCAAGCUGAGAAGGUUGAUAAAGUUGACAAUGUCGUGGUGGCUGAUAACGCCGAUCCCAAGAGCAAAGUCAGAUCCUGGCUGCUGGCCUCAUCCUCCCACUGCAGGGCCGAACCACUGACUAAAAGCAAGUCAACACCUGCUGGCCUAACUAAUGGCCUAACUAGUGCCAAUCGUCUGACUGCCAUCACCAAACCCAGGAGACGAGUGGAGCCUGCCACUCGCACCACUGCGGCCUUCGCCAGGGACCCCAAGAAUGAUCGGGUACGCCUGCAAAUAGUCUACAAACCGCCAUUCAAAUUCUCCGUCAGACUGAAGAAAGCCGAGAAAAUUGGACAAUCGAGUAACCCACGUGUUCAUAGUCGUAAUCCACCGAGGACAGCUGUACUUGUGAGGACUUCUAAUAAGAAGGAGAAAUUUAGGAUAGGGGGCAAGCAGGGGGGUAGUGGGGGCAAUAAUUCUGGGGUGCCAAUGGAGUCUUCCAAUGCAGCCAAUUCUGAUCUUCACACUGUGCCCUCCGAUCUUGAGGUGCUACUUUCUGAAAGUGAAUUUCUCUUUUCUGAGUGAUUUUUUUUGGGGGUGACACUGGCGGGAAAAUGAUGACGGGACGACCUGAUUUCGAGGAUUUGGUUUCUUUCGGAGGGCACUUCAGGCGUUUCUGGUUAGGAAGAAGUGAAAUACACUUUUCCUCGGGGCGAAGAAGGAUAUGAAGGAUAUGAAGCUCUUGAGAAAUGGUAAAAUACGGGGAAAAGAGGUCGCUUCGUCUUUAUCUUUAUUUUGUGUGGGAGGGGACUUUUUUGAAAAAUGUGUGGGGUUGAACGAUUCGAGGAUUUUGUAAUUGGUGAGUCAAGUCAAGUAGUUCUUGGAGAGGUAAAGGUUUAGAAUUCAUCUAAAUGAAUCUUUUUCUGAUAAUUUCAUCAACUGCCGAAGAUCUGAUAUUUGAUUUUAAAUCUAGGACUUUACUGGAUAAUUAAAAAUAUCGCCAACUGCGAGUUUUUUAAUUGAUCAUAAAUUAAUUGUUGAAUUGAGUGGGCAUAUAUUAAUUUAUGCCGUAAAAACAUCUACGGUUGAUCGAAUAAUUGUCCGGGGAUAACGUAAAAAUAUCUCGUAAACCAAAUUAAAAGACUUGAUUCCUCUGCCUCUCCACACAACACCAGUGGCCAAUGAUUUAAAAAAAUGUAUACUAGUCUGUCUCCUCGACUCGAUCCACGCAGAAGUCCUCCCCCUAUUUUAUUACGAAUACGUAAUUACCAAUUAACCGACGGUGCAACGGCCGUGAUACUCACCGUAUAACAUACAUUAACUGUGAUUACCUCAAUGUUAUUAAUCAUUUUAAUUGCAACUCUAUUCCAAGGCGAGUCCUUCGUCUUCCGAUAAACUCAGUACAUCCUCCCAGACGAAUUAGUCUGCGGAUUUUGUUGAAUUUUACUCAUUAAAUUGAUCGUAGGGUACUUAAGGGGAGACUACAGUCAGUUUUGAAAGUCGUGGGCUGUUGGAGUGAGAUUUCUCAUACGUCGAAGAUCGAUUAUAUAUGUCUGCAAACGCAUAAUUAGUGCAAAAAA